AUGGAGGACUUUCUUGAUACUAUUGACAACAAAAAACUCAUACUUUUGACGGAAGUUGAAUCAAACACUACGGAAGCACAAUAAUAACAAGAAGAAAUAACUAGUGUUAUUAACAAUGAAUCAGCUAUUUAAUAAGCAACUGCUAAAGUUGAACCAAAAGCUGAAAUCGAUACUCUUGAGUAAUAAUAAAAAGAUUUGACUGAGAUAAGCAAUACUAAAUUAGAGAUAACUAAAUAGAAAGAAGAGAAUUUAUAGGUAGAGGAAAGUAAAAUUGAAGUAUAGCAAUAAUAGCAAACAUUUUAAAGAGAAAUCAUCACAUAGAAGGUAUAAACCACCCAAAUAAUGCAGUAGUAAAUUAAUUAAGCACCUCAAUAAAAUCAGCAUCAAAAUAGAAAGGAAUAUUAUGGAGUCAUUGAGGAUGAUCCAUCAUUGAAGCAGUUCGAACAUGAUAUCAAUCUCAGAUAGCUAAAAUUCAACGAGUAACAAAUAUAAAUAUCAAUUCAAUAUAUAGUUGGAAAAAUAAAUUUGCAGUGGAGGCAGGAUCAUUUUUAGAUUUUGCGAGGAGCUACAACAAGUUUGGACUCAAUAUCAAUAAAGAUGGUGAUCUUGAAUACAGAGAAUGGGCGCCAUAAGCAAGAGAAGUCUCAAUAGUAAAAUUUAUACUCUUGUAUCAUAUUAUAGUUCGGUGAUUUCAAUGCAUGGAAUAGAGAGUCACAUAAGUGUGUUAAAGACAAUUUCGGAGUAUGGUCUUUGAUCUUACCAAAAAAAGAAGAUGGAACCUACCCUAUUGCUCAUGAUACUAGAUUCAAGUGCUGCAUUACAAAGCAAGAUUGGCAAAAAGUGGAUAGAGUCCCAGCAUGGACCAAAUUCGCUAGAUAAAAUCCACAGAAUUUACUCUAUGAAGCAGUCUUUUGGAACCCUCCUGAGACUUAUUAAUUCAAAAAUUAGAGACCUCCAAAGCCAUAAUCAUUAAGAAUAUACGAGGCGCAUGUCGGAAUGAGUUCAGUUGAAGGAAAGGUUUCUACCUAUAGAGAGUUUGCAGAUAAUAUCCUUCCAAGAAUAAAGGAUGUCGGCUAUAAUUGUAUUUAAUUGAUGGCUAUUCAAGAGCAUUCUUACUAUGCAUCCUUUGGCUACCAUGUUACUAAUUUCUUUGCUAUUUCUUCAAGAUCAGGAAAUCCAGAUGAUGUAAAGUACAUGAUUGAUAAAGCUCAUGGAUACGGCAUAAUGGUUAUCAUGGAUUGCAUUCACUCUCAUGCCUCAUCAAAUGUCCUGGACGGUAUCAGCUAAUUCGAUGGAACUGAUCAUCAAUACAGUCAUUCAGGAGCAAGAGGUAAGCACACUCAAUGGGACUCAAUGCUUUUUGAUUAUUCCAAGUAUGAAGUUUUGAGAUUCCUACUCUCAAAUAUCGCAUUCUAUAUGGAGGUAUAUCAAUUCGAUGGAUUUAGAUUUGAUGCAGUAACAUCAAUUCUUUAUCAUCAUCAUGGUAUUGGAAUUGGAUUUUCUGGGGAUUACAAGGAAUAUUUUGGAACUCAUGUUGAUGUUGAUGGUAUUGUUUAUAUGAUGCUUGUAAAUGAUUUGGCUCACAUGAUUCACCCACACGCAAUAACUAUCGCUGAGGAUGUAAGUGGAAUGCCCACACUGUGCAGAGAGGUUAAAGAAGGAGGAAUGGGAUUCGAUUUUAGAUUGAGUAUGUUCACCCCAGAUAUGGUAAAAUUAAAGAUUCAAUAACCCUUAUAGUGGAUUAAGAAUUUAAAGGAAUUAAAAGAUGAGGAAUGGAGCAUGGGACACAUUGCAUUUAGUUUAACUAAUAGAAGAUGGAAAGAAAAAUGUGUUGCUUACUCUGAGUCUCAUGAUCAGGCUAUUGUUGGAGAUAAAACUCAUGCUUAAUGGCUUUUCGACUAGGAUAUUUAUCAUGGCAUGAGCAUUAACUAGUAGAUGAGUGUUAGAGUAGAAAGAGGAAUUGCACUACAUAAAAUGAUUAGACUUCUAACCAUUGGGCUUGGAGGAGAAGCAUACCUUAACUUUAUGGGCAAUGAGUUUGGGCAUCCUGAAUGGAUUGACUUCCCAAGAGAAGGAAAUGGCUUUAGUUAUCACUAUUCAAGAAGACAAUGGAAUCUCAGUGAUAACCCGACUCUUAGAUACACUCAACUAAGAAACUUUGAUAAAGCUUUCAAUGAAUUAGAGGAAUAGUUCCAUUGGCUAACAAGUGGCCAUUAAUAUGUUACCCUGACUCAUGAUGGUGAUAAGCUUAUUGUCUUUGAAAGAGGAGAUCUUCUGUUCAUCUUUAAUUUCCAUCCAACAAAUAGUUAUGAACAUUAUAGAAUUGGAACAAAUUGGGGAACUGAGCAUGUUAUCUUGCUUGAUUCUGAUUCUCGCAAUUUCGGGGGUCAUAAUAGACUCGAGCCAGCAACUAAAAAAAUAUUCUUUCCUAUUAUUAGAGAGAAGUGGCAAGGAAGAAAUAACUACAUUCAGCUGUACAUUCCAAGCAGAACUGCUAUAAUACUGUGCGCUGAGCAGAACCUGGCAAAGCAUGGAAUCUAAAUAAAUGGCAGACCGAUUCAUUAAUAGUCUCAAAUUUAAAACGAAGCAAAGCAAUAAGAGGAGGGAGAGGUCUCAUCAUAACUAAAGACAGAGAUAGAAGUUGUUCAAAAGUAAGUAGAAGAAGUCAAAUUACAAUGA